CCUAACCUCAUUUAUUUGCUAUGACGUUUUAGCGGAAAAUAAACAAGCAAUUUUUAAAACUUUUUACUUUUAGCAAGUAGUUGUUUUAAAACUUUAAGUUAGUAUUCAAUUAGUAUAAGGACAUCAAAUACAUGUUGAUCCCAUCUUCUUAAUAUUACAAUCAAAAUCAGCUAAAAUGUCGACUUCUUUGGCUGCCCAGCUGCAGAAGUUUGCAGUUCCAUCUACUAACGUAUUAAAAGAAACAAAAAAGCGACCUACUUUAAUAUUCGAUCCUAAAGAAGCUGCCUCGAUAAACACUGAAGUUAUAUAUGAAAUCGCUCUUGAAGGUUUGGAAAAACUAAUUCAAAAAAAUGAUGAAUUUGCACAGUUUAAGACUUCGCUGUUUCAUCCCUCAUCCAGGGACUUUGAUAGAAAUGUGCAAACGAAAUUAGACAAUAAGAAGCUUGAUUAUAAAAUUAACAAGUUUCUGCUGCUUUUGGCUCCCUAUGUGUUAAUGAACCCUGCACACAAAGCAUUGGAAUGGCUUUAUUUUCGAUACAGAGUCAAUGAAUACAAUAGAGACAAACUGAUCUUGCUAGUGUUACCUUAUUAUAGCUCCAACAUAUUCAUAAGGCUCAUUCAGACAUUAAAGUUUAAUGAAACCAGUGACCCAUUUUAUUUUCUAAAUAUCACUAAAUCUGGAGCACAUUUGCAACGUCUAGAUUUAUUUUAUCAGGCCUUGUCAAAUCAUGGCAUAAUUAAAUCUUUGAGUGAGUAUUUAGGUGAACUAAUUGAGGUUCAUUCAAAUUAUGGUCUUCUACAAACCCAUUUCAGCUUCUAUAGUACAGUUUUUUGUGGGGCUAUAGAACUCUCUAAUGAGUUAACGGAUUCCUUUGUGACACAAUUAAUUCCCUUAGUGCUUAAAGGACUUAACUCUCCAAUACCAGAUUUUGCUGCUGGAUCAUACAUAAUUGUUGCCCGGUUACUAUCUAAAGGUCAUCUAUCAGAUAAGCUUCUUAAUUGUCUAGUAGAAAAAGCCGCUGACUUUAAAUGUCCCAGUUUAAAGUUAGAAGCAUCUCUAUUGUUAGUAUUAACUUAUCAGCUACAAUCACAGUAUAAAGAGCUUCCAGAUAAGUGCUUAAAACAAUGUAGCGAGUGGGUAGGUCCAUGUUUGGGUUAUUUGUAUGCAAAUGGAAACAGUGUUGGGCCAUUUUUGGGGGCUGUGAUUAGAAAAGCUGUUACAGAGGAAGAUGGAAACCCCGGAAGGAUGUUACUAUGGUCUUUUGUGAAGGAAGUUAGUUCUGAUGUUGAAUUUUUUCAAGAGAUUUUAAGGUUACUAUUAGAUGCACUGGACGAAGAAGCUACUUUAAAUUCAGACGUUAACCAAUGGGCUACUUCUCUAAUCCAAUACUUUGAACAAACUAACCAAUCAGAUCUGGAUUUUGCCGUAGGAACUAUCCUAAGAGACCAAGGGUUAGCCGACUAUAAAAAAGCAUUUUUAAAAACGAUCAGCAGCAAUUUUUCAGCGAAUUUAAAAGUUUUGGAUGCUCUCGAAGGGAAUAUUACAGAGGAAACUUUGGAGAACUUGGAACUAAAAGGGAAAUACGUCUUAACUGACGCUUUACUAAAGAAAUUAAAAGAUAAACAACCCAAGGUGGUGGAAAAUACUUUGAAGCUAAUUCUGAGGGGUGAUUGGGGUGAUAUUGAUACGUUGAAACAUGGCGUCAAAGGGUUGUUUGAGAGUGGCAAAAUAUUACUUGAAAAAUGGUUCAAGAGCUAUUUGUUGGCUGCAGAGUUUUUGUUGAAAAAUCAAGCGUUUGAUUGGGAUUUACUUCUUACUGUUGUGCCAUUUGUUCUGACAUUUUACAAAAAACAUAAUGAUAAAAUAAGAAGUCUGUUUAAAGUCGAACCAAAUUUGAGCAUAGAAAAAUUCAUAGCUGAGCUUAUAGAAAGCUUAAAUAUAGAAAAGUUACCGUUAUGUUUAACUAUACAGCCUAGCUCAACAAAACUGUUUAGUGCUCUAUAUGUAUUAUCUCUGAUUAUUCCUAAAUUAUCUUUGUCUGAUGUGCCUGAAAUAUUAAAGAUAUUCGACAUGGUUACUCAAAAAGAUAUAAGCAAAAAGCCAACUGACACACUUGAAGCUCAACUUCAAAUAGCUCUCAAAAAUAAAAUACCAUGCAAAUUAAUUGAAAACUGUUUUAGAAAGUUGUGGUUAUUAGACCCUAAGGCUCCUUCUAUUAUAUCAGCACUAUGCAAUCUGGCUUUUAACAAUGAAAAGCUUCUGAACCUUUUCACCAUAUUUUUAACUGAAACUUCAUCUGAUUGCUCCGACCAAUUAAAUUGCUGCAUUAAUAUUUGCGUCUCCGGUAAUUUAGAUGAUGCGACAUGCCUCAAAGUUUUGAAUUAUGUUAGUGAGAACUUGGUGGAAGAAGUACUGCUACCAGAUAACAUUGUUCUAGGCCUAUUAGCUUUGUUUUUCCAUACAAAUAAAGAUAUUAGGGUUACAACUUUUGAUGUUGCUUCAAAAUUAAACAAAAUACGGAACGAUAAGUACAAGAAACUGCUGGAUCAUAUUAAAACUUAUAAGAGGGAAAUUGUAGCAGAUCAAGAACAGCUUCCACUAAUCUGUUUUAACUUUUUAUGUAAACAUAGCGACAUUUUAAAUAUUAUUGUUAAUGCUUGCUGCUCAGAUACUCCACUUUAUAUUAAAGCUAAAAUUCUACAAAUUCUAUCCCCUAUCAACAACCAUAGUAUCUUCGAGAAGCUUUGCAAUUAUUUUGUGAGAAACUUGGACUUUGCAGCGGAUCUUGAUCGUAACCAAGCGGAAAUUAUGUUAAACAUGAUCAGUAGGAUAGAUGAAACCAUUGCUGCACAGCUUAAACUCAAGUCGUACACCUGGGAAUUUAUUUUUAAAGUUUUGAAUAUGAAGAAACACAUUAACAUUGGCACAGAUAAAGUUUACUUACCAAACGCACUUUUAAUGCAACUUUCUAAAGACAUUCAUUUGAUUACGUCCAUGGAAACUUUGGAGAAACUUUUGGAUGUCAUCUGUGAAGUGACUGCAUUGGCUGAGGAUCCGGAAUUGAUUGUCACAACUAGUAAAAUAUUUAAGCACAUUGACUUGGAUGCCAAUUUGGUUAUUGCACCCUUGAAAAAGAUGGUCGAAGUACAAUCAGCUAAAUCUCCCGCGACAAAAAGGGCACGAAAACACUUUUCCCUACCUACAAUAGACAUUUUGGACACUCUCGAAUGGAAAAAAGGGGUUUGCGUGCUGGAAUUCAUCCAGGGCAAAAAGAAAAUACGUAACUGCCACCUGCUACUGCCAGUGCUCUUCUCCACCUUAAAAAGGUGCUUGGAUUUCGAAGAACAAACCGCUGUGGAGUACCCUAAGCAGCUCAUACUGUCCGCAAUAUUGCUGGUCUUCGGUAAAAGUGAAGAAAAACAGUUCUCAGACAACGAUUUUAAUGUGGAGUUAGUAAUUCAGUGCAUCAGGGCGUCACAGAACCCGCAAACCCACUACUACGCCCUUCUGGUGUUAUCUCACGCGGCAAAGUUCAUCCCCAAUGAAGUUCUCAAUCACAUCAUGACCGUGUUCACAUUCAUGGGUACCACCCUGGUACGACACGACGACGCGUACAGUUUUGACAUUAUUAGUAAACUUAUUGAUGGAAUCGUGCCGGUGUUGGUCGACGGGAAUCACGUGACCACUUUAGGUGACGUGCUGCGGGUGUUCGUGGAUGCUCUGUUGGAUGUACCGGAACACAGACGGGCCCCAUUAUAUUUGAAAUUGCUGGAGAAGACCAAGGUGGAGGAGACGUUUCAUUUGUUUUUGUUGUUGACGUUGGAGGCGGAGGUGUUCCAGACGGGCAGGGAAAAGAGGAAAAACGAAAAAGGAACCAUCUCUGAACGGAUCGAGUUCGCUUUACUGCUAUGCGAAAAAUUCCCUCCGAGUGUUGCCCUUCACGCCUGCGUAAAAAUGACCGAGUACCUCAAAACACUUCCCGAUGAAAAAGACAAUACGGUAACUGACCCAUCUUUAACAAAGUUCAAUGCCAAACAGUAUCGACACUAUAAGUACCUUAUCGUCACUUACUUGAGCAAACUGCUGUGCUACCCGCCAUUUGUUAACAAAAUUUCAUCCUUGGGCAAUGAGGAUACCAUCAAAUUAGAACAAAGUUAUAAAAAAAUCAUCGUGAAUAUCUUGUCCUACAUACAACGGGUGCAAAGAGUCUCAGAAAAAUCUUCAGGGAGCCCUCAAGGGAUGUAUUGGAAAACAGUACUUUAUCAUAGCUACGACCUUUUGGACCAUGUGAACGACUUGUUGACUCCUCACAUGUUUUUGCUUGUUAUUAACGGAUUGUUACAACACAGCAUCUUGACUGUUAGGAAGAAAGCGUUGGAACUAUUAAACAACAAAUUACAAAGCAAUUUAAAUUGGUUCACGGUUCAAGAUGAAGAGCAGCUGUUUAAUAUUUUAAAACCGCUACUUUUGAUUAUUAAAAGUGUCGAAGAAGAGGAAAAUUUGCAACUCGAACAAGAAACUUUAGUGCAAACUGCUCUGUUAUCGUUAAAACUGAUCGCCAAGCGUCUGGGAGCCGAGGAGCCUGAGAAGUUCUUACCGAUUCUCGAGUUUGUGGCUGAAAUUCUUAAUUCUGGUAAAGCCAGAGAUAACCUGUUGGCCUCGGUUAUAUUGUGCUUGGCGGAACUCUGUGUGGUCCUAAGAGCUCACGGAAUCCAAGCCCUAUCCCUUUUUAUGCCAAGUUUUUUGAGUGUAUUAAAAUCCCAGAAGUACCAAGAGACAUCCAGCAUGCUUUUACUAAGUGUCUUGACCACUGUUUGUAAACUGCUUGAGAGUUUUGCGGCUUUUUUGAGCCCGUAUUUGAAAAAACUCUUGGUGGAGAUUUCUAUUUUAAGUAGUAAAUGGGAUAUGGACACAGCUGACCCUAAAACGCAAGCUUUAGUUGGACGAUUACAGUUAAUCAAGAAAAGACUAGCCUCAGUCAUCCCACCCAGAAUUCUCUUACCUAUCAUUGAUGAAUGUUUUGACAGUUUAUUGAAAAAGAAGUAUUUUAAUGCCCUGGUGGCUUUAGUGGAUAUUUUGGAAGAGCAAUUGAAGAAUCUACAAUCUAAUGAGUUGGGAGUAGUUAUGGCGGAAAUGACCCAAUUUUCUUUGAAAAUAUUACAGUUCCGUAGCGAGUAUUCUGGUAAUCUGGAGGUGGCGAACCUCGUGGAAGACCAAACUGUUAAAACCAUAACCACGUUUGUUUUGAAGCUUUCGGAAAGUAGUUUUAGGCCGUUCUACUUGAAAUUGUAUGAUUGGGCUGUGAGGACUCCAAGCUCCAAUAGAGAGAGACAAAUAACUUUCUAUCACUUAUCAGAGAGUAUCGGAAGGUCUCUAAAGGGACUAUUUGUGCUAUUCGCUGGAAGUAUCUUAAGUAACUUGGCAGAAAUCCUACGAGAUGCUAGGACGUUGUUUAAGGAUAAUAAGAAAUCAAUUUUGCUUCUGACCUACGUACUUCGCACCUUAGAAGUUAUAUUUACUUAUGACAACAAAAAGCUGAUCAAUAGGGACAAUUUUGAACUUCUGAUGCAACCUAUGGUAGAUUUACUUGAAACCGAGCUGGAUGGUAUCGACAAUCUGGUUAAAAACGCGGAGACUCUUAUCAUACCAACCAUAGUCCAGUUUUCAGUGGCAGUAGCAGACGAUACCUUGUGGAAAGAGAUGAACUAUCAAAUACUUUUGAAGAUGCGCAACUCAAACGCGGAAAUUCGGUUAAUUGCCUUGAAGUGUUUAGGAGAAGUGGUUGGAAAGCUUAGGGAAGAUUUUCUGCCACUACUCCCUGAAACGAUACCAUUUUUGGCAGAAUUGCUGGAAGACGAGGACGAAAGAGUGGAGAAGGCAUGUCAGAAAACUAUCAGGGAAAUGGAGAAGAUGUUAGGAGAACCGUUGCAGAAGUAUUUUUAAAAUAAAAAUAUUAUAACGUUAUAA